GAGAGCGAGCGAGAGAGAGAGAGGGAGAGAUUAACAGGGAGUGUGAGGCAGGCGCAGUAGCAGACUCCCAUAUCCGCCAGACUGAGACAGACGGUGCCAGCUGCUAGCUAAGUUAGCUAUAGUAGACAGUUAGCAACUAGCUUCAGAGUCCUUGCGCCUUUACUACAUAUGAGGGACUGAGCAAGUGUGUGUGUGUGAGACAGCGUGUCGACGCUUUGAGCGCCCGCUCGGCCGUCCCGAAGUCACUUCGUGUGUUUUCGUAUAGCUGUCUGCGUGUGUGUGCGCGCGCGCGCGCGCGAGUGUGUGUAGGCUAUACAAACUCCCCUAUCUCCUUCCUCCGCCGAGCAGCAGUGUGUCUGAAAUUGUGUGUGUGUGAGGUUAGCAAGCAAAGAAGCAAAAGCACACACAUAAGCACACUCUGAUAGUCGACUGUUUACACUCGGUGUCCGGUUAACGUACUUGAUAGCGGAUUCACAACGUUUACUGACACCGACACAGCACCAGCAUGAUGUUGAGGUACACUGUAGUCCGAGGCGGCCUUGGCCUGUUGGCUGUGAGGAGGGCGUGCCUUCUCUCCCGCUUCACCCACUCUGCCCCGAAGAGCGAGUAUCGACCAAUCAAGAAAGUCAUGGUGGCCAAUAGAGGCGAGAUCGCUAUCCGUGUGUUCAGAGCCUGCACUGAACUGGGGAUUCGAACCGUGGCCGUCUACUCUGAGCAAGACACUGGACAAAUGCACAGGCAGAAGGCUGACGAGGCUUACCUGAUUGGAAAAGGCCUGCCACCUGUUGCGGCAUACCUGCACAUUCCUGAUAUCAUAAAAGUAGCCAAGGACAACAAUGUGGAUGCUAUCCACCCAGGCUACGGGUUCCUCUCUGAGCGGGCAGACUUUGCCCAGGCCUGCGCUGAUGCAGGGGUGCUGUUUGUAGGACCAAGCCCAGAAACUGUCCGCAAGAUGGGAGACAAGGUGGAGGCUCGUUCCCUGGCCAUCUCUGCAGGUGUACCUGUGGUCCCAGGAACAAAUUCUCCCAUCGCCAGCAUGCAGGAGGCGCAGGUGUUCGCCCAAACAUACGGCUUCCCCAUCAUCUUCAAAGCAGCCUACGGAGGAGGUGGUCGCGGCAUGAGGGUGGUCAGAGAGUACGAGGAACUUGAGGAGAAUUACCAGCGGGCCUACUCUGAAGCCCUGACAGCUUUUGGGAACGGAGCCCUGUUUGUUGAGAAGUUUAUUGAAAAGCCAAGACACAUUGAAGUACAGAUCCUUGGCGAUAAAUAUGGUAAUGUCAUCCACCUCUAUGAGAGAGACUGCUCCAUUCAGCGGAGACACCAAAAGGUUGUGGAGAUUGCACCGGCUUUCCAACUGGACACACAUCUGAGAGACCGACUUCACGCUGAUUCUGUCAACCUCGCAAAACAGGUGGGCUACGAGAAUGCAGGGACCGUGGAGUUCCUGGUGGACAAACACGGCAAACACUACUUCAUUGAAGUCAACUCUCGACUCCAAGUUGAACACACGGUCACUGAAGAAAUUACUGAUGUGGACCUGGUGCAUGCCCAGCUCCAUGUGUGUGAGGGCCGCAGCCUGCCAGAACUGAGCCUCAAACAAGACAAGAUCAGGGUAAACGGCUGUGCGAUCCAGUGCAGAGUGACGACCGAAGACCCAGCCAGAGGCUUCCAACCAGACACGGGAAGGAUUGAGGUCUUCCGAAGCGGUGAAGGCAUGGGCAUCCGUCUGGAUAGUGCCUCUGCCUUCCAGGGUGCCAUCAUUUCCCCCCACUAUGACUCCCUGCUGGUAAAAGUCAUCGCCAGCGGGAAGGACCUGCAGACAGCAGCUUCCAAGAUGAGCCGAGCCCUGGCCGAGUUCAGAGUGCGAGGGGUCAAGACCAACAUCCCGUUCCUCCAGAAUGUUCUGUCCAACCACCAGUUUCUCCACUCCACCGUGGACACCCAGUUUAUCGACGAGAACCAGGAACUCUUCAACCUCAAACCUACUCAGAACAGAGCCCAGAAACUACUGCACUAUCUGGGUCAUGUGAUGGUAAAUGGACCAACCACACCCAUUCCAGUCAAGGCUAAGCCUUCCUCCACAGACCCUGUCAUCCCUCCUGUCACCAUGGGCGACCCUCCAGUAGGUUUCCGUGACGUGUUGCUGCGCGAUGGUCCUGUGGGAUUCGCUAAGGCUGUCCGUGCCCACCAAGGUCUGUUGCUAAUGGAUACAACCUUCAGGGAUGCCCACCAGUCGCUCCUGGCAACUAGGGUCCGGACCCACGACCUGAAGAAGAUCUCACCGUUCGUCAGCCACAACUUCAACAACCUUUUCAGCCUGGAGAACUGGGGAGGUGCUACCUUUGAUGUGGCCAUGCGCUUCCUGUCAGAGUGUCCAUGGAAGAGACUCCAGGAGCUGAGAGCUUUGAUCCCAAACGUCCCGUUCCAGAUGCUGCUGAGAGGGGCCAACGCCGUGGGCUACACCAACUACCCUGACAAUGCUGUCUAUAAGUUCUGCGAGGUGGCCAAGGAGAAUGGCAUGGACAUCUUCCGCGUGUUCGAUUCCCUGAACUACCUGCCAAACAUGCUGCUGGGCAUGGAGGCUGCUGGAGCGGCAGGUGGCGUAGUGGAGGCUGCCAUCUCAUACACAGGCGACGUCUCUGACCCAAUGAGGCAGAAGUACUCCCUGGACUACUAUCUGAAACUGGCAGACGAGCUCGUCAAAGCCGGAACCCACAUCCUGUGUAUCAAGGAUAUGGCCGGCCUGCUGAAGCCAGAGGCCAGCAAGCUUCUGAUCGGCGCUCUGAGAGACAGUUUCCCAGAUAUACCCAUCCAUGUGCACACACAUGACACAGCUGGAGCCGGUGUAGCCGCCAUGCUGGCCUGUGCUGAGGCUGGAGCUGACGUAGUGGAUGUGGCUGUCGACUCUAUGGCCGGAAUGACCUCUCAGCCCAGCAUGGGAGCCAUGGUGGCCUGUGCCAAGGGGACCAAGCUUGACACCGGCAUUGCUCUGGAGAAGGUGUUUGACUACAGUGAAUAUUGGGAAGUAGCCAGAGGCCUGUAUGCUCCAUUUGACUGCACUGCCACCAUGAAAUCUGGCAACGCUGAUGUCUAUGAGAACGAGAUACCCGGAGGACAGUAUACCAACCUUCACUUCCAGGCUCACAGUAUGGGGCUGGGAAAUAAGUUCAAGGAGGUGAAGAAGGCCUAUACUGAAGCCAACAAACUACUAGGAGACCUCAUUAAGGUGACUCCAUCCUCUAAGAUCGUGGGUGACUUGGCCCAGUUCAUGGUGCAGAACAACCUGACCAGGGCAGAGGUGGAGGAGAGGGCAGAUGAGUUGUCCUUCCCCCUGUCUGUGGUCGAGUUCCUGCAGGGAUACAUCGGGAUACCACAUGGAGGAUUCCCCGAGCCAUUCAGAUCUAAGGUGCUGAAGUCCCUUUCCCGUAUUGAGGGUCGUCCUGGCGCCUCUCUGCCAGCUAUGGACUUCAAGGCCCUGGAGGAGGGGCUCCGAGCUGCACACGGUGAUGAAAUCACCCCUGAGGAUGUGAUGUCAGCAGCCAUGUACCCCAAGGUGUUCCAGGAGUUCAAGGAAUUUACUUCUAACUUUGGUCCGGUAGACUGUCUCAGCACCAGGCUGUUCCUGGAUGGACCCAAGAUCGCAGAGGAGUUUGAGGUGGAGCUGGAGAGAGGGAAGACCCUACACAUCAAGGCGCUGGCACUGGGUGACCUGAACAAGGCUGGCCAGAGAGAGGUCUUCUUUGAGCUGAACGGACAGCUGAGAUCUGUGCUGGUGAAAGACACUGUCGCCAUGAAGGAAAUGAAGUUCCAUCCCAAAGCUCAGAAGUCUAUCAAGGGUCAGGUGGGGGCACCCAUGCCUGGAAAAGUCCUGGAGGUCAAAGUGGAAGUCGGAUCCAAGGUGGAGAAGGGUCAGCCGCUGUGUGUCCUCUCGGCCAUGAAGAUGGAGACUGUGGUCAAUUCCCCGGUGGCCGGGACCGUUAAGGCAGUCCAUGUCACGACCGAUGCCUCCCUGGAGGGAGAUGACCUGAUACUGGAAAUCGAGGAGUAGAGGGCAGAGGGGGAGUAGUGAGUAGUAGUAGGCGGGAGUUACACAAUCUGAUUCUGGAAAUGGUGAGGUGGAGGAACAGGGGGGAUUUUCUUUUAAAGAUGACAACUCUCAUCUGUGGCAGUACUGCAGGACGUUUUGGCCCCCAAUUUGUACAUAUUCUGUUUGGUUACACAGGGGACACAAAAUGAGGCACAGCUCUACACAUAUCCAAACACCUGAUGGGUAGUAGAUGAUAUGACAAUCCUAAAUAAUAUAUUAAUUUGAUAGGAAAUCCUUACUGAAAUGUACUACUAAUCAAACUCAACUUAAUUUCCUAGGUGUGGUGAUUAGAUCAAACAACAGUAUCUCUCUUAAUGUCCUGUCAACUUGUGGAAAAUAACAUAUUUUAGAAUGAACUGUAAUACAUUCCACUACUUAAAUGCUAGUCUUAAAUGUGAUGUACUACAAAAUGAGCUAACUAUGUGUAACACUAACACAGUUGUGACAUCAACUUGCAAUUAAAUGCCACAAUUUCCAUUACUGUGCUGUUGACUAUUGCCUAAUAUAUUCAGAGUAGGUGAAACUUAAUAUUGAUGGCUACUUAAUGGUUCAGACAAAGAAGGAUAGACUUGAGGAUGUAUUACCAAAUAAUUUUUAGCAUGCUCACCUUUGCAAGACAUCAUCAGUCUCUGUCAGUAGUCCACAGUGCAUUCUCAGAAUGUGUGAUCAGUGGUAGCAUUUAGACUUUUUGUUCAUAGGUAAAAAACAUUUUAAAUGUUCUUUGGGAAAACACAGGGGCUGAAGGAAAGAAAUCACAAUGUUUUUUCCAACCUGUUUUAGAUAUGCGUGUGAUAAAAAUAUUUUCACAAGAGAAGCACAAUAAAGCAAGUAGCAUCAUUUUAGGUUGACGGGGACACAGAUGUACAUGCCAGAAACGUCCAAUGUUGCACCAAAGUGAAACAUGUAUUCUGUUACUGUAUCAGUAAUAGCAGAUGGUUUAUUUUUUGAAAGAUCUGUAGUGGUGUUGAAAAUGUUUCCCCAUUCCCACCUGUGUUUAAAAUCCCAAAGCAGAAGCACACUGUAGCGACAUUGUUGAAAUGAAGCUGUAGGCUAUGUUGGAAACACCCAAACAGGAUUACAGAUGGGAUUUUUACUAAGUACCUCUGUUAUAGUUGGUUUAAAUGCAGCUUUCUUAAUCCAAAGCCAGCUGUAUCAUUUUAGAGGUGUAAAGUCAGAGCCUUAAGGUGGCUUUUAGGCCUUUUUAGUGUCUCUGGUUUAAUAAUGUGAUGUUGAAAAAGUUGACAGAGGAGUGGUUCCAUCCUGUCUUUUCACAACUAGGCAGAGAUUACGGUGAAUGGUCUUCUGUCUGCAUGGGUAUUUUAAUGCUAGGUGUAAAUGGGAUUACAUGGUGGUGUAAUGGAGGCAUGUGGUGUUAUUUUCUGAGGCUCUGCUGAUUAAUUUAUGAAUUAAUUCUGUCAAAUGAUGUGAAAUUAGCCGGACUAAUAAGCGACUCUGGAGACUCCCAGUAGCAGCACUCUGCUUUAUAUUUCUAAUGCGUGUGUGUGUUUGCAUAAAUUAGUCUAAAUGUCUGUAUGUGCGUCUAAGCAAAUUUGAAGACAAAUUCAACCAGUCCCAAUAAUGUUGCACUUCCAGAGCUGAAAACACAUUCUGAAAGAAAUGAAAUAUUCAUACGCAUGCAUCAAUGCAAAAUAUUCAUGCUAACACUCCCAGCUGCCUGGAUCAGAAGAAAACAAAACCAAAUACACUGCACGGUGGUGUUGCUACAUCUCCAUAGUAACACUGUAACCAAAACAUUUAACAGCAAUGCAGCAAUGGCCCUACUCGGAUGACAUAGUUAAAUACUGAAUUAAACUCUCACAAGAUUCGACUUGGUUUUAACUGUCAGCUGCAGGCCUUUCAACUAUUUGAAAGUCUCGAAACUGAAAGUGAUCUAUGCCGAAUUGAAUGUUUAACGACCCUGACCAGUGGAAGUAGACAAGUGAACAAGCAGGACAAAAAUUAGAUCACAUAUCAAUUACAGUAGGAAAGUAGGUGUCACAAUCUUAUUGUAAACAGUGAAGCAUGCAGUGUUUGGGACAGCGAGCCAGAAAACACACUACAACAGCUUACUUUCCCAAAAUGUCUGUGCACCCUCGACAGAAGACAUCAAUCGGAACACAUAAUUGAAGUAUCAGUUUGUACUUGACUGGAUUGUUUCCAGCAUUUUUGCUCCAUUACCUCUGAGAAUGAGUCCCCUUUUGAACUAUGCAUCAAUACCGAGCAGCAAUGCCGUAGUUAAUUAGAACACUAAUAUGUCUCCUCACUCUCCCCAGCCCGCUGCCAUGCCUCACUGUACCUCCUGGCUUUAUCAAUCCAUAUCCGAAAUCUUUUCAAAGAUGAACUGGUGGGAUUGUAUGUAUGUGUUUUUGACAAGUUGUUGCACAAUAAUGUAAAAGUUACCUCCUCCUCUCCUUAUUAGCUUUCCUCGUUUAUCCGCUUUCCCUGCCUCAUGUAUCCAUCCAACCACCUCUUCAUCCCCAAACAGUGUAAAAUUGCACAUAUGGUGAUGGCAUUGACUCAUGCAGUAAACUGUAUCGCAGUGAUUCUAACAACCAUGCUUACGACAAUGUACUACUAUUCAGUGUCUAAAAAAGAAUAAAUUGGAGAAAAAGUACACACAGCUGAAAAAUAUUAUUUGUUUCAGAAAGGGGGACAUAAUGUUGACCUAUUCUUGAGCUCAUGCUAUGGAGAGGUGAACUGUCACAAAAUAGGAUGAAAAUAGGAUCUGUGACAUUUCUUUUUUCUUUCUAUUGCUGUGUUUUUAUGAAACCAACCAAACUGUUUAUUUACUCUCUCAGUUUAGCAGGCAUGACCACCUGCAGAUUCAAACUGUCUCACUAGUUGUCAAAUUUUCCUCCAUGUUCUUAUUUCUAAAUAAUCCUACUUUGAUAUCAUAAUUUUAAUUUACUGAUGUGGUUUACAUUUACUUGUUAAAAGAGCUAAGUAUUUUUAAGUCCUAGGAAAGACUAUGAGCUACAGCGCACAAAAAGGGAAACAAAUAGUAUCAAAUAAAAGCGAUAACUGUUAUGUGUACUUACCAAUAAAGUUAAAUAAAACUGAA